AUUACUAUACCUGAUCAGUACUCACAACUUUGACAUAACCUUAGAGAUCGCGAAGCUGAAUAAUCGUCGCCUUCCAACGGUCCUUUCACCUAGUACCUUGGGCUUGCGAAGACCGGGUUCUAGUUUUAAUUUUAGUUGGAUGACGGCCGCCCAUAUCGCGACAGUCAAGAUAUAAAAUAGAUAACACUUAAGCUCAAUAGACUACCUGCAUCGUUUCCAACUUGCAAGUGAACUCGCUCUUAACUAUUCCGUCAGAUGGCGUCAUACGGCUGUCUCUGUUUUUUGCGGAAAGGCCGCAAGGGACGCGAGGCCAAAGGAGGCAGCGCUAAAGGGACAACAGUCGAUAGCAGCCAUGGAACUGUGCAAACCACCGAACCUGCAUCGCUGAAGUCCGUUCCAUCCACCACUUCCAUCGGCAACUUUUGCCGGUUCGCGCCGGAACAAAAUGUUCCAUCACCACAACCACAUACCUCACCUCCCACCGCGCUUUCAGCUGCCAGCAAAGCUUCUUCACCUUCAACUGAGGCACCGCGCACACCACCCCCACUUCCAGCACGCGCCUCCGAGAUCGCGCACCUUCGGCCUGCGGACAGCGGCCUCGGCGGCGGUAACGACGACGAUGCUCACUUCAUGGAUGCCUGCGCGCUCUCCGCCACCUCCUACUCCUCCUCUUACUACAGUGCCUGCGGUUGGUCCCACUACGGCGAUGGUGAUGCCGAAGGCUCAAGCCGCCGGAUCAGCUCAGUCGGCUCAUUCGGCCGUGCGCUCCUCACCCAAGCCAGCUCCGGUGCCCCGGCGGCGCCGGCCGCUGCCGCCGCUGACCCACAUGCCGACGGCCACCCUCCCCACCACCACCAACCUUCCAUUUUCCACCCGCACCGCCCCUCUCGUGGCUCCGGACACCUGCCAGUGCUUCGAGAGGCCGCCUUGCCUGCGGAGGCGGCGGCACAAGCGGCUUUGCACACCGCCGUCGCCGUGGAGGGUUUCGCAGCCUCCCUGGAGCAACCACCCUCCUCGCUGGGCCCCGCCUCAUCCUCCGCCGUCGCCAUUAUGGCCCAGGCAAGCCGCAUGUCGGACGCGCUCCCCUCGCCUGCCUUCUGCGCCUCCGCCGCACCGGCCGCUGACUCCGAUAGCCUCGCCUCCGCCGCAGCCGCCGUCGCCUCCGAACCCGUCCCUCUGGUGCCGCCUCCAUCGCCGCUUGUACCCUCCGCCCCCGCCUCGCCCUCCGCUGCGCUCCUCCCUAGCGCGUCCUUUCAGUUGCCGCCGCCCCUCCUCCCCCUGCCUUUCAUUCCCGACGCUUACACCGGACCCGUCUGGACACAGGAUGCCGGCCGCAGCUCAGGUGACGGAGGCAGCUACCCCGUCAGUGGCGGCAGCGGCAGCAUCGUCGUACAACACCCGCAUCCGCCGCAGCCGGAGGAGGACGACCCACAUCGGGAGGCGCUGCUGGAUCGAGUGGCGGAGCUGUACGGCAAGCUGGGUCGGCCAUGCCUAGCCUUCCAGGCGCUGCUGCGGUUCUGCAAGGCGCGCGGCGUGCAGCCGGAGUCGCUGGCGGCGGGUCUGGCGGCGCGGCGAGUGCCGAAUGCGGCGCUGCUGCCUAAGGUCCUCCGCAACGUGUGCGACAGCCUGGCCGACCUGCGCACCGAGGAUCACUGGCAGCUGAUGCGCAACGACGACCUGCGCAUGCUGUACAAGCACCUGGCGGACAAGGACGUGCAUGCGUUCCGAGCGGUGUGUACCCUGGAUGCGCCCAUGGAGAAACUGGUGGCGCUGGCUCGCGAGCUGGACCUGUUCCCCACUUGGAACAAGUACUGCACCAGCGCAAAGGUGCUGCGGGAAAGCACGCCAGCCGACAUGCGGGUGUACGUGUCCCUGUGGAUGCCCUGGCCCUUCAGCGACGUGGGCUUCUGUGUUGAUGUCAACGGACUCGACCUGUUUGACGACGAAGGGUGCAUCGUGGCGGCGAUUUGCAGCCCGGAUCGCAAGGACCGCACCACGCCUCUGCCGCCGGGUUCCGAGAAGCACACCAAGAUCCGGCUGCUGCGCCCCAGCUGCCUUACCUUCACGCCGCUGCCGCCCAAGACCCCAGGCGGCACUCUGCGCACGCACUGCCACGUGCAGGCCUACGUGGACACGGGCGGCAAGCAUGUGCCGGCGGUUGUGAUCUCAUUCGUGCUCAAGGUGUUCAGCCCCUUCAUCUACGGAACCGUGAAGAAGGUGCUGGCCUCCGCCUUCGGCGACCCCAGGGGUCCGCUGCCGUCACGCAUGCGCGAGCAGCCGCACCUGUACGACAUGGUUCGGCGCCGUUCCGAAGCCUACCUGGCGGCACGCAAGGCGGCUGGGGCGGCUGGGGCGGGGAUGCCGCAGCCGCCGCUGUAUGCGCCGCUGGUGGCAGCUCCCGCCGGAUACUGAGUAGUGGGGUUUGUUUGCUGGACAGGUUGUGUUAGGCAGUGUUUCCCAUGCCACCUGCAUGCCGUGCAUCGGUUUCUUUGCGUGCAGGUGUUGAUAACGGUUGAAACGUGGUUUGGGGCGGGAGGGCGUAACACAAAAGGGAUGUGUACUUUUCAGCCCUCUUGCGAUGGUGGGAGAAAGGCACCGCUCUUCGCUGGGUUGGUUGCUUGUUACGUAAUUACUUGUGGGUAUGAAUGACGGGAGGGCGGUAGCCACCAGAGUUGGAGGUUUCGGAGAAAAUGAAAAGGGGCAGCUUGUACCGUAUGAGAAGCGAGAAACAUUACAGGUGGAGAAGAGGUGCCGACAAAGGGCGAGAUCGACAACAACAUGAGGAGAAGAGGGGGGUUCGAAGGGACUCUGGUGAUGCACGUCUUUGCGAGAGGUGCCUCAACAAGAUGGGCAGCGGUAUUGAGGCCCCAAGAAUGGAAUGAGCGACACAGUGGUCCCCCCCCCAAUAAAAAUUGGGCGCCAUUUAGGCGGCGAUGUCACCCGGGAGUGGACGACAAUAGUUGGACGACAAGCGCAUGCGGCUCUUCCUACAUGGGCGCGGAAGUGUGUUUGGGUUCUUCUAACAGGCCCAACGGGUCUGUGAUCAUGCAAGGGCAGUGUGCAUGGGGUAAGGGCUGCGUUGCAUGGGCAGCUGGUUUGCGGAACCUUUCUGCCCGCCAGCCCCUCUUUUUCAACAUGACCUUGUCGCACACUGGUCGACGUUGGACCUUUCACGUCAGUGUUUGUGCACACGUCGUGUACAUGAGGGGGUUGUGUGUUUUUCUUGUUGCAAGGCUUUGGACGCGUGGCCCCCUUAUUCUGGUUCGUUGGAUCGGUUUCCUACGUGGCCUAAACACCAAGCGUUGCAAUGUUGUCAUGUGAACGUACGGUAUGCACUUUGUUGUUUUGGGUGUGAGGUUGUGGUCUUGCUAUCGCGGAAUGGAUGCAGAGCCUUCGCUGUUGCUGUGGCCAGGUAGUACUACUGCUGUCAGAAACGCUAACCAAAGCACGCAGGAGAGAAAAGCGGUAGCCCUUGACGCUGGAGGGCAAAGGGAGAUGAGUUUGCCGCCGCGCGGCGGUAGAAGAGCUGCGAAGGAGAGAUGUUAUUGUUGCUGGUCCGGUCCUGUCCAACUGCAUAAUUUUCAGCUCGCAUAUGAACACAAGAAAAUGCCAACGCACAUGGGCCUUGGCCGUACCGGUACGGUAAAGCAGUUUGAUUUACCGUACGUUGUGCCCGUCGCCGUUGGUCGUUACUGCUUAUUGUCUUUGAUGGUCGGGAGCGGGUACCUUGCAUGUAGCGCUUAUAUGAAGAGGUUUUAUGAUUACGUGAGACGGUUGAGAGAGGAAAUCAUGUUUGCCGGAAGCUGG